UCUCACUUUUUAGUUGCACUCUACUUUAGAAUCGCAGCUGACUGCUAAACAUGUGUGUAUGCUUCUUAUAGGAUUUUUGCUGGGGGGAAACUUUGUAAAUAUUUAUGAGAAGACUAUUCACAUGACUCAAAGAAGAAAUGAAGCACAUUGCAACCUGGACUGUUUUCCUUUGGCUAGCAAGUGUCAGUCCUUUCACCAUUGGAAUGGCUGUUACUGACAGGACAGAUAAGUCAUGCCCUAUAUUAAAGAUUGAAGAAAAAAAUCUUAAACAAAACCAAAGGCACAAUAUUGAAGUGACAGGAUUUGAUCUAACAGAAAAGUUUUUACUAAGGAAGGGGAUUGAAGGAGAAGAAAGGCCAUCUUUUAGACUGGGAAACACACACCUUAUAAAACAAACUGAGUUGGUUUUUCCUAAUGGACUUCCAAAUGAGUAUUCUCUCGUAGCAACAUUCCGACUGAGAAGAACCACUAAAAAAGAACGUUGGUACCUCUGGCAAAUUGCUGAUAAGAAUGGCAGCCCACAGGUAUCUAUUGUUGUAGAUGGAAGUAAAAAGAUGUUAGAAUUUACAGCAAUGGGUCUCCUGAAGAACACUCACCAUUACACCUUCAAGAGUCGAGCUCUUCACUCUCUGUUCGACCGGCAGUGGCACAAGUUGGGACUCAGCGUCCAGUCCAAAAUAGUUACCCUUUACAUGGACUGUAAUCUUAUUGAAAGCAGGCUGACUGAUGAGAAGGACUCAAUUGACGCUGGAGGCAGAACCCUAAUUACGACUCGGAUUGAAGACGGUAGGCCAGUUGAUAUUGAACUUCAGCAAAUAACAAUUUACUGUGAUUCGAAAAUGGCUGAACUGGAAAACUGCUGUGAAAUAGAAGGUGCUACGUGCCCACCAAAGGAAGUGCUCACUGCCACAAUUCCUUCCCUGGUUACCAGUCACCUCCCUAGAAUGCUUUCACAGCCUGCCCAGCAAACAACUGACAGAUGCCAAUGUUCUGCAGACAAGGGUGAGCAAGGCUUACCAGGGGUAUCAGGACAACCUGGUCAGAAAGGGGACAAGGGGGACACGGGAGAAACAGGUGAAGAUGGACAUCCAGGAAACCCUGGUAUGAAGGGUGACAAAGGGUCUGCUGGUGAUCCUGGGAUAAUAGGUCAGGCAGGGCCACAGGGAAAACUGGGACCUGCAGGGAAUGAUGGGAUCGAUGGUGAAAAAGGUGAAAAGGGAGAGAAAGGAGAAUAUGGUCCUGAAGGGAAACCAGGAAAAGAAGGUUUAAAAGGUGAUCCUGGCCCCUCUGGUAUUGGCGGCUCCAAGGGUGAUAAAGGGGAUACAGGUCUUCCAGGUCCACCAGGUCUAUCUGGUCAAACUGAAGGACUGAAGGGAGAACCAGGUCCACAAGGGCCAGAAGGUCAGCCAGGUUCACCAGGCAAGGAAGGUCAAAGGGGACGACGAGGAAGGCCAGGUGUUGCUGGGAACCCUGGAUCCCCAGGACCUCCUGGACCUCCGGCUGCAGUAACAGGAUCAGGAAGCAAAGGAGAAAAGGGAGACCAUGGAAAGGAUGGGAUGAAAGGAGAGAGAGGCGAUCCUGGUCACCCAGCAGGCUCCACAGGAGAAAAGGGAGAAAAGGGUGAAGUUGGACCUAGAGGCCCACCAGGACCUGCAAUGACAUCCCAUGGUCUCAGACAUCUAACUGGAUCUGGAGAAUCGGGGGAGAAAGGACAGAAGGGAGAAAAAGGAGCUGAAGGACAAGGACUGAAGGGUGAAAAUGGGGAGACAGGUCCACCAGGCCCUAUUGGGAGUUCAGGACCAGAGGGUAAAGAAGGGCCGCUGGGCCCUGUUGGACCCAGAGGUGUCCCAGGGGAAGCGGGAUUACCAGGAGACCCAGGGGUACCAGGAAACAAUGGCAUGAAGGGUGAAAAGGGAGACUCUGGUGGGAUGUCAGGGCCUCCAGGACUCCCUGGUCCCAAAGGAGAACCUGGAAUUUCAGGGCUGGGAAUUCCUGGAAAAUCGGGAGAAGGAGCACAAGGACCUAGGGGAUCUCGAGGACCUAAGGGUGAGAGGGGUGUUCCUGGUGUUCCAGGAGAUCCUGGGGGGAGAGGACUCCCUGGAAUAGGGCAUCAAGGACCUCCAGGUCCUAUCGGUCCAGCUGGGGAACCAGGUAUUCAGGGGUCUCGAGGACCACCGGGUUUGCCAGGGCCGGCAGGAGUGCCUGGAGUUGAUGGAACACCAGGGAGGGAUGGGAAAGCAGGUCCCCCAGGUCCCCCAGGAGAGCCAACUGCACUGCCAAUGGUUCGAGACACAGGUGCUCUUUUAAAGAAUGCAUGCCAUGUGUGCCACUUGAGAGCACCGGGCUUGCCUGGACAGAAAGGAGACAAAGGGAUGCCUGGAGAGCCUGGUGCUGAAGGACUGGAAGGUGUGAAGGGUGACCCAGGACUGAGAGGGCCUCCAGGGAAUCCUGGUAGGGAGGGCCCCAAGGGUGUUAAAGGGGAACGCGGAUUUCCAGGUCCUACUGGAGAAAAGGGAGAUGAGGGAACUCCAGGUGUGCCAGGGUUUCCAGGCCCCGCAGGUCGCACUGGAGCUCCUGGCCUUAUGGGAAGACCUGGACCCCAUGGCCAACACGGGACUAAGGGUGAAAGAGGAAGUGAAGGAGCGCCUGGCAGACCAGGACUUCCUGGACCUCCUGGCCAUCCAUAUCUUGAGGGAAAUGGCAUGAGCAGCCUCUACAAGUUGCAGGGAGGUGGAGGUGCUGUUGGCUAUCCUGGUCCCCCAGGUCCUCCAGGUCCAAAAGGCGAUGAAGGUUCAGUGGGAGAACCAGGUGCAAUGGGAUUGCCAGGACUGGAAGGACUACCAGGAGCAAAGGGAGAUCCAGGGGUUCCAGGUACGCCAGGUGAACCAGCCUCACCGGGGAAGCCUGGAUCUCCAGGUACACCAGGACUCCCGGGGGAACCUGGGGAGAGAGGACCUGUGGGUGAGAUUGGCUUUCCUGGACCUGAAGGACCUCUUGGACCACCAGGAAGACCAGGGAAGGAUGGGAUACCUGGAUAUGAGGGAGCAACUGGUAGAACCGGAGACAGAGGAGCCAAAGGAGAGCGUGGGGAUCCAGGCAUACCUGGAGAAAGAGGUCUUCAGGGGGUACGAGGGCGACUGGGAGACAAAGGGGAUGUGGGACCUAUAGGACCCAAAGGCCCGCCAGGAGAUACAGGGAAUCCAGGGCCCUUGGGCUCACCUGGUCCUCCAGGCCCGAUGGCUGAUCCUGCUUCAUUUGAGGAAUUAAAAAUAUUUAUUCGAGAAGAAGUUUUAAGGGUAUUUGAAGAGAGGAUGCCUGGCUUUGCCCCACACAUGAAGUUCCCUGCUGCAAUACUAGCUGCUCAUGGAAGACCAGGCCCUCCAGGCAAUGAUGGGUUACCUGGGCAACCAGGGGAGCCUGGGUCACCAGGACCUCAAGGCUACCGCGGCCAGAAAGGAGAAAGAGGUCAACCAGGCAUAGGACUUCUAGGAGAACCAGGUCCUGCUGGGCCUCCAGGCCCGCCUGGGACUGGUCAUUCAGGCCCAACUGGUUCCCCUGGCCCUGCAGGCCCACCAGGGCCCCAAGGACUGAAUGGAAGGUGUAACCCAGAUGACUGUUACUAUCCUGUAUCCAACCCGCGACGGAACGGAUAGGAAACUCACACAAGUCUCGUAUUUAUUUUUGUAAAACAGCAGUGCUUUAAGGAUUAGUGUAAAGUACAUUAUUGCUGUCUGUAUACACUCGUAAGAGAGUCCUUUCUGAACAUUUUACAGUUUCAAUUAUUUAUUCAGUUUCUUUAGAAAUCUCUAUCUCUCUAUAUUUAAGUUUUUUUUCUUUCUAGAACCUUCCCAGACUGCAUUCCAUGCAUGAGUGUGUAUCUAAAGUUCCAUAGACCUAAAUAUUUGAUUGUACUUUUGACAUGUUCUUUUUUGCCCAACUUUUGUUUUUCUUCCCAAAAGUAGCCUGAAUAAGCCAAGAAAUAUAAACACAUGCUUUUUCGUACUUAGGCUUUGAUCUGAUUCUGAAAAGGGUGACUCCUGAUCAACAGGCCCCCAAAAUAAGCUGCUUUUUGUUACUGCUGGAAGAAUUAAGUUGUUAUGGAGUUUUUUUUUUUUUUUUUCAUUUAAGAAAUCAUGGCAAACUCCAAUUGUAAAUAGUGUUUAUCAUUAUCAAUGUAGCUGGUUUCUAUCCACACCUGUGGUUAUUUAUUUUACAUAUUGUAUUUCAUUUACAACUUGUUAUUCUGAAUCAUGUUUGUGAUAAGACACUUUUGGUAUCUGUGUGGUAGUUAUCCUUUUUUUUUUUUUCACUAUGUGCACAAUGGACACAGCCGCUUUCCGUUGUGCUGGGAAGAUACCACUCUUAAUACAUUGCACAGGUAAUUCACAUUUUUAUAGUUUACAUUACAUGUUGGACAUUUGUAUAAGAACUGUAUAUACUGCUGUCUUGAAUGGUGUUAUGUGUAUAUUUUGGGCUUUAUCAGAGUAAGAUAUUUCAACAUUGAGGGCUUACAAUUUCUGCUAUCAGAUUAUUUUUUCACAAUUAUUGAUUUACUUGAAUUUUUCUUGGGACAGAUAUUUUAUUUUCCUAAAUGACUCAGAAAGGUGCAUAUUGUGCGUGUUCUGUUUGUAUCAGAAGUAGUACUCAGCGCUGUCAAACCUUUAUUUUCCAAACUCGUACAUUUCUUUUAUGACCACACCUCAGUGUCAGCUGUUCACAUCUUAAGGGUGGAAGAUUUCUACAGGAUAUAAACCCUUACUUUCUUUUGAUUGGCUUUACAUUCCCAAAGAGCCUAUAGCAAAAACAAGACAAAAGAGGAUUAUUCUGUGAAAUAGUCUAUUAUAGCCAUCAAUUAUUCAAGCAAACAAAAAAAGCUGUUUAAGUUUCUGAUGGUCCGUGAGUCCCUUAUAGGAGUUUACCACUGUAUUUUUCUUUUUCCAUGGUUAUACUAUGCAUUUACCAUUGUUUACCCUGGUUUGCCAUAAUAUGCUUUAUAAGACCUUGAUAUUCUUUACAAUGCUUAUCUAUGCUUUACCAUGCUUUCCCUAUGUUGUAAUACCCCUUGAUGUGCUUUUACUAUGGGAAAUGUUUAUAAGAGUUUUUGAUGUGUUGACACAUGACACUUGAGAAAUAGGCCUACCGCUUAAGACACAACUGUGCUUGCAAGAAUCUGAUAUACUCAUGUUGACAUCUACUUUACUGAAGGCUUCAGUUGUGGGCAUUUUUAAUGAAACAGUCUGUAAAACAUACUGCAGUGUAAAAAAGUAGAAAGAUUAUAAAAUAGAGUAGGAAGCCACUAGGAUUACAAUCUGUUUUCUUAAUUGAAGCUUUAAUUAGGGGAGAUAUUUGAUUUAGGUUAGUAGCAUUUCAGGGUUUUAUUUUUCUUGGUAGCUCCCAGGUGUGCCAUAAAUGACAUUACAAUGUAAACGUUGUCUGUCUAGCUUUAGAGAAGGUUUGCUGGUAGAAAAAUAUAAAAGGUUAUUUUUUCAGUCUAUUAUUCAAUAAUGUUUUAUUAAUUCAGUGGAACCCAGGAACUUUUACAGUGAUGUUUCUAUAAAGUUUAAUUCAUACAUGUUAAUUAUUACAGUAUAAGGUGCCUGCGGUUUUUACUUUUCCUGUAGAGUUACUUUUGACACUUUAGAAAGUUUAUGCUGAUGCCUUCAUAAAGCUCUAUGAUCUUUUAAGGCCUCAUUUUAAUUAGCUUUUCUUUUUAGCUAGGGUAUGUUUAUUGAAACAUCAUUUAGAUGUAUAAAUAUAUAUUGUUACACAUCCUCACUGGCAACUGGUAUAGUUUACAAAAUGUUUUCAUUUUUUCACAGGUAAGAAAUGUUAUUUGGAUCAUCUCUGUAGUCUGUUUCAAAUAACACAUUGAAUAAUGUACUUUUAAACAAAGCAGUUUUCAAAAUCAUCAUAACAUUUUUGGGGUUUUUAAGGUACAGGUUCAUACAUAAAAUGAACCAAAUGCUGUAUGUUAUGUUACUAAUUAUAAUAUUGAUGUGUCCGUUUUAAGACUUACCAUAUCCAAGUAUUUAUUAAUACUUAAAACAAUCUCUAGGAUUUUUAAAAUAAAGACUUUAUGAAAACAUUGUGUAUGCUUUACCAGACAAAAUUUACUUUUUUGUGGCCAAGGUGUGUUAAGGCUGCCACACACCAGACGUGAUGCGGUUUUUCAUUGGGUGACAAGAUACUUUUGCAGCGACAUGACAAUAUACCCCAGAAGCAACACAUAGGCGAUGUGACAAGUUUGAAAACUGCCAGAUCUAUACAACUAUUAAAAAUUGCUAUUGGCAAAACUAUGAUCAAGACUGGUACAUAUUCAUCAGCAUGAUGUGGAAAUUAUGAGUGUCUUCUCUGACGGUAUUUCAACAUAUAUGGCAAUAAAUCAUACAUACCAAGCUAAUCCAGCUCCUUCUAAAUGGACUCUCAUAUAUUGUCUUUCAAAUCUGUAUCUUUAUAAUUUCGAUGACCUUUGUCAUAAAGCUCUGGGUAUUUUUCCCUGCGUCAUUCUGGAUACUGCUUCACCCUACUGGACCACGUGCAUUGAAGCUGUUCUCUGAUUGGUUAAUUUCCUAGUUGUCGCACGACAAAUCGCAAAAAAUAGGAUUCAACCCUAUUUAUUUGGUGUCACUCCAGUGUCGCCCUGGUGUCGCUCCCAUGUCGCCUGAAAAGUAUAGGUUGUAUUCCUUUUGUCGCAUCGCAUCUUGUGGGUAGCAGCCUUAUUUCCUGUUGUUUUCAAUUAUAAUGGGUUCAUUUUGAAUGCAGUUCAAUUUGUGUCUGUCAAAUUCAACCACAUGAUCAUCUGAUAAUGUGAUGGAGUUGUUGUUUUUGCAUGGAAUAGAGGGAUCAUUAGGAGUUCUAAUCAAAAUGUGAGUUUAAUGUUUGUUUUAUUCCUUGGACUUGAAGGGAUUGAGGCACUAUAAUGAUAACCAUCACAAAUGUUUUCACAAGGUCAUAUUUGCUUGAAGCUUUAAUCAACCUUAAUGAAUCGAAAAAUUUUAAUUGAGCUGAAAAUGACAGUUUUACAUGUUUGUGCUUUCAUUGACCCACCUCAGUAAAAUAUGGAUUCAUACUUUCUUAGUUGCUAUAGAAGAAACAAGAAUAAAGGCUUCAUUUUCAGGCAAUAAAAUGCAAACCCAUAGUCAUUUAAAUAUAAAAAAAAAAAUAUGAGGGACAUUGAUCUUUGUGUGGGAUAGCAUUUUGUCAUAUUCAUAACCUCUAGUGUAUGCAAGUGCUAUUGCUAGGGGGGCCAUGCCCCCUCACUUUUUGCAAAAGAAACAUGUGCAUGGUGGGUGGGGAGGUGCUUGUAUAGCGCAAAAUGUUUAGUUGAGGUUAUGCUUUGUGUAUACUUUUACUUGUGCAUUGUCAUCACUAUCUUAUCAGAAGCCCUUCACUGGUUAUCUGCAGCCAGUGCCAGAGAUUCAGAUUUCAACACUGCUGUCUAUUCUGCAGUGUAAGGGUAGGAUAAACAGGGUAAAGAAAAUUAAGUCCCUCACGCAUAUACUGUAGCAUUCAUGUUAUUUGGAUUCCAAUUCUUGUUUGGUGUCAACCUUUAAUUUUAGUUUUUAAGUUUGAGCUCUGCAUGCUUCUAGUUUGCAUUAUCAAUGUGAUACUAAAGAGUGAGACUACGUUGAUUAUUAGUCUCAACAUCAACGUCCCUGUAAUAAUAAAAAAAAAAAAAUCAGACUGUAUCUCAUUGGCAUGUGCAAUUAACUAUGCAAUUGUCCGCAAGGAAGCUUGCACAGAUAGUAGAAGAGACAUCAUCAAAUUAGUCUCAAUUUCUUACUUUUAGUCUCACAUUUAUGCAAAAUGGGAGGAUCUACCUACAAGCAUGUUUUAAUGGUCUUUUAAUAGAGAAAAUAUUAGUAUGAACCAUGCUUAGCUCAAAUUAACAACACACAAAAAAAAAGUUUCAAGGAUGUUAUGAAUUGAAUACCAAAGGAAUGAUACAUGGGUAAGAAUUGUUUAAUUUUGUACAUCCUAUUAAUUUAACCUCAGGAUCAAGUUCAAAACCCUCACAUGAUUGUUUUUUUUGUAUCCAAUGAAUGUAAUUUAAUGAACAUUUGGAGAGAUCUUUAAUCAUGUAAGUGCUCUGCAAUGUAUGCACAGAAUGCUAAUGAUUUCCUUUUUUCUCACAGAACAUGACGUUGUGCAAUUUAAGAUAUCAUUAAGUGCAAAUUCAAAUGCAUUAAUUAGAGAGGCAGACUAAUGUAGAAUAGGAUAUUAUUUCACAAUCCCACUUGUAGUUUUUCAUUUUUUUCCCCUCUUUUUUAUCAUUUUAAAUUCUACAAAUAUUUUGCACAGGGAACAGAAAUAUCUUGUCAGAUUGCAUGUGUAUAUCGCAAACCUCUGCAUGUUAAUGGAAGGACAUUUGGUUAAAUUGUAUGUUCUUUGGGGGGGACAUGCUGUGCAGAUGACACGGGGGUGGGUGUAUUUACUAUUGUAAAACAUGUUACUCGGAUACUGUGUCAGAUGUUAACAGCUGCUUUUUACAUACUUUGUAUCAUUUGUUGUCCCCAUGAUCAACAUUAGGCCAGUUUACAUGUGUGACUAUUUCAUGUGAAUCGACAAUACACGUGAAACUUGGCAGGGAAAGCUCCUGAAAGUGUCCCAAAAAACGGUUUCAGUAUUUUACCGUGAAACUGUCAAUUUCUCAACACAAGUUUCUCGCGAAAAUGUUAAUUAGCUUGUUCAGGUCCUUUCCUAAAGCCGCUAUAAAAGUCACAUGGGAAUGUGUAAGUUACCAUGGUCCAAAGAUGGCAGCAGGGAAAUUAAUGUUUUGUUUGCAGUAUUUCCCUUAUCAGAUUGAUGUUGCAGAUAACCCCACUUUUUUCUCCGUCCUCCCUAGAACUUUGCAUAAUGCUAAUCAUACACGGAUCUAAAUGUGUGUUGGAAAGUAUCAUACAGAUUGUAUUUACCAAGUUUCUGUUUAAAACUUACUAAAAAUGUUUGAUAAAUUGCAUCGUGGGCUUGUGAAUUCAUGUGGUUACAGCUACUGUACAGUACUUCAGAGUACACUUGCAAUUAGCUUUCCAAACAGCUAUCAAAAUUUCUUUAUUGUAAAGUACUACUAAGUACUGUUUAAAUGUGUAUAACUACACUCCCAUGUCAUUUCUCCUAGUUACUUAUGUCUGAGCAAAACUCGUGUCCAUCCUCCACUUACAUCCAUUGCAGCGAUGAAGAGGCUCGGGUGUUAAUAUCCAUAAGGGAGGAGGAUAGGAUGAGGCAGCUUGAUACAAUGCACAACACGAACGUUGUUUAACCCACUCUCAAAAUAAAAUGUGGUGUGGAAUUUUCGCUACUUAUUUCUUGGGAAUCAACAAUACCACUCAAUAUUCCAAUUCUUUAUUAAGCAGAAGCAGUCAUACAAGUACAGCACAAAUGAGGAUGCUAUAUUUGGUAUAAAGAGAUACAAAACAAGCUUAUGAAUCAAAAAUGUGAUACAAAAUAAAAGUACACUGUCGGGAUACAAAAUAAAGAUAGCCGUGCAUCUCUAAUAGCAGGACCCUCUUCAUAUCUCUAAUAGCAGGACCCUCUUCAUAUCUCUAAUAGCAGGACCCUUUUCAUAUUGCUGUUGUACAAUUCUUGCUGGAGGCUGAGGUAGCUAACUAACAAACCCCCACUCCCACCCACACAGACACACACAGAUGAUGUGUGAAAAGCAGUGUGGGCGACAACACGAAAACAGUAUUAAAAAAGCAGGCACAACCCAUCAGCAAAUCAGAUCUUUAAUAACCAUUUACGUCAAACACGUUAAACUUUUGUCUGCUCAUGUAAACAGUAUUUUGGGGGCUUUCACGGUUAACAGCAUGAGAAUCUAAGUGGGCCGUCAGCAUGACUAAUUUAAAUCUGACCCCCCUCCCCCUCUCCUUCAUUUGCAUAGCGUUCCAAAAGGAAAUGAGAGGCUUUACAUGAAAACACAAAAAGGCACCAUGUCCACGUUUAUUUCACGAGAAACAGAUGUCUCGAGAAAAGAAAACACUCAUGUAACGUGGCCUAUUGAGACACAUGGUGCUGUAAUAACUGACCUCAAAAACAUGUUUUAAAAAUCUAGUUUUCCUUCCACAGUGCUAUUAAGUCAUUCAGUUCCGAUGUAACGGGUAUAUCGCCCCAGCCCCACUGUAGAGUCUAAAAACACUUUCUUUCUGUGCUGCACAAACUGCACAUAGGAAUCUAUUUAGGUCCUGAUGGCCUGUAACAUUGGAGCAGGACGUGAUUGACUCGAUGAUAACAUUGAUUUCACCAGGACAGUCUGGGAAAGUUUGUCGCUUUUUUUUUUUUUUUUGGCCUGUAUUGCAAUAUGCAUGAAUCAUUCUGAUUCAUGCAUCUCUUAAAGAAAACAGAAUAAUAUGUGACUGCAUUGUAAUGUUAAAUAAAUAAAUAAAUAAAUGAGCUGUCCCAAAUACACCUGUGAAACCUAAGCCGUACCAAGACCCAGCACCAGAGUCAAAGUGAAAUUCAAUUCAAACAAAUGGCAAACAAAUUAUUUUUACAAAAUUUUUAACAAUUGGGGUCUUGUGAAAACGUGGUUCUGCUAAUACGAGUACCUCUUUAAUAUGUUUUUUUUUUUCUGGUGUCUAAAUUGAUCUCUUUUGUAUAAUGCUAUAUUAAUGGCAGUUGCCAAAUAAUGUAACCUUUUGUGUAUGCAAGCAACGUUUAAAGCAUGUUGGUGUAUGACACGUUUUUGCUUUAUUUAUGCCAUUAUAUUUAUAUCAGUUAUCAUUUAUUACAAGUGCUGUAUGGUCAUCAUACAUUUAUAAUUAUUGAAUAGCAAAAUGUUUUUAUUGUUCUACCUCAAUGGAGGAUUAGGUUAUUUUGACUUGUAUGUAUUGUUUUGUAUCACUGUUAUAUCAAGCUGUUAUCUAAACUCACAAAUAUUGUGACUUAAAACAUACAUGUAAAAUCUGAAAUGAUCACUAACUGGAUUUUGCUAAACGAGAUGAUGUGGAGAUUACGAAAAUGUAUUUAAGUUUAUUUAAUUAGUUUGUCUGUGUUAUGGUUAUUGAGUUUUAACAUACUUAAAUGUGUAUUUUUUAUACUCAUGGUUAUCUUUGUCCUUAUUCUCUUGCAUAACUUUAAAUGAAAAAUAAAACAUGCUUCUGUGUUAA